UGAGCUUAUAGGAAGAGGAAGCCUCAUCCCUGCGCAGAGGAGGAAACCCGACAGCCCAGAUGUGCACAGAGCCACGCCGAUAGCAUUCUUAUUUUCUUUUUUUUCCCUCUGCAAACAGAGGAGCUGCCGGAGCGGCGGCGGGCAGGGCCGAGGCAGGGCGCAGCGAGGACACAGCCCUGGCACAGCCAUGGGGCAGAAGUGCAUGGACAGGCUGUCCUCCUUCCUCUUCGAGUAUGACACCCCUCGGAUGGUGCUGGUGAGGAACAAGAAGGUGGGACUGACCUUCCGGCUGAUCCAGCUCAUCGUCCUGGCGUACAUCAUCGGGUGGGUGUUCCUCUACGAGAAGGGCUACCAGUCUCAGGACAGCAUCGUCAGCUCGGUCUCAGUGAAGUUGAAAGGGCUGACACUGACCAACGAGAGCGUCCUGGGUCCUCACAUCUGGGAUGUGGUGGACUAUGUUUUCCCACCCCAGGGGGACAACUCGUUCGUGGUGAUGACCAACUUCAUUGUUACUCCUGGACAGAAACAAGGAACCUGCCCAGAGCUGCCAGAUGCUGGGCUGUGCACACGGGACAGCGACUGCAGCAAAGGCAAAUACAGCCGGCAGGGACAAGGGCUUAUGACUGGCAAGUGUGUACACUUCAACAGCACAGUGAAGACCUGUGAGAUCUUUGGCUGGUGCCCUGUUGAAGUUGAUUACCAUGUUCCCAGCCCUGCCCUGCUGUCAGAAGCAGAGAAGUUCACCUUGUUCAUCAAGAACAGUAUCACCUUCCCCAAGUUCAAGGUGUCCAGGCGCAACUUGGUGGAGAGUGUUACCAAGCAGUACCUGAAGAAAUGCACCUAUCACAAAGUCACUGAUUCCUUAUGUCCUGUGUUUGAACUGGGAUACAUAGUGAAGGAAUCUGGUCAGAAUUUUACCUUCCUGGCUGUUAAGGGUGGAGUGGUGGGCAUCACCAUCGACUGGAACUGUGACCUGGACUGGCCCCUGCGGUACUGCAAACCCAUUUACCAGUUCCAUGGCCUCUACAAUGAUGACAGUAAUGUCUCACCAGGGUUCAACUUCAGAUAUGCCAAAUACUACAGGGAAGAUGGGAUGGAAAAGAGAACACUCUACAAGGUGUUUGGGAUCCGGCUGGACAUUUUGGUGAAUGGCAAGGCAGGCAAAUUUGACAUCAUCCCGACCAUGACCACAAUUGGCUCUGGAAUUGGUAUUUUUGGAGUGGCCUCUGUCCUCUGUGACCUGCUCCUGCUGCAUUUUCUCCAUGGAAGAGACUAUUACAAGCAGAAGAAAUUCAAAUAUGCAGAACAGGAGCCUUCAAAGUCACAUAAGAAGGAAAAGGAGCCAGACAACACACAGUGAGAGAAUCCACACUGACUGACAAACCUGCACCCCUCUUCCUCCUCCUCUUCUCUUGAAACUCAGUGGCCAUCCCAUCUGCAGCCACAAGACCAGCAGAAGCAGCGUCCAGCACAGCCCAUGGGAAGGUGGUGCCCUGCAGCCAGGGCAGGGGCUGGCUGGCCAGCACACAGCCUCUAGUGGGACGUGCCAUGAUGCUGUGGAUGGGUCAAACUAAGGGAUCCUGGGGCCCUGUGCCAGCCCUGCUGCAGGGCACUGGCUCUGCUGCCUUUGCAGGCCCCUCAGAAGGGCUCACACUGCACCCUGCCUGCUGUGCCAGGGCUGUGCCAGGGCUGUGCCAGGGCUAACACUUGCACCUGCAGACCCUGGGGAGAGCACAGCUGCCUCUUCUGCCCCAGAAGCACCACUGGACAGUUCCAAACUGAGAAGGGGAGGGAAGGAGAGCUGGCAGGAAUCAGGCCCAGCCUCUUUGCCGGGGAGAAAAAUGGUUAUUUUGUAAGGAUGUAUUUUAUUAAAAAAAAUAAACCUUUAGUUUUUCUACUAC